AUGGGAGAAAAUAUUUGUGUCAAUAACCUCAUGUUAAAAACAAUUCAUCCACAAAAGUAUUAUACUGAUUUUUUGGUUAAAGGUCUCCUACCAAAUGGCCGUGAAGCAUGCAGUUUUGAAUCAAGUCAAAUUGAGAUUGGUAAAAAUAAUGAUGAUGAAUAUCAUGGUAUUGCUACUGUUAGUAAUAGUUCAUCUUAUGUUGUUGCAAGUCAUGAUAUUUUAGUUAGAAGAAAUGUUCAAUUCCCUCCAUGUUUUAGUCUUGAUAUUUCAAGAUCUUCCGAAAAAAAACAGAGAGAACAAGAAUAUACAUUAGCUGAGAUUGUUCUAACAAAGCUUACUGAAAAAGAGUUAUUAUUUUCAUUUGAUCAAUUUUUGAAUUCUGAUAAAGUUCUUCAAUUUAUUAUAAACACAAAAAUCAAAUAUAGUGGACAUCCUGUUCAAAUGCUUCAAUCAUGUUUAGAAGCAUUCUUAGCAUCUUUAUGUACGAUAGAAUUUCCUUGCUUAUUAUUGGAUCAACUUGCUAGGGAUGAUGUAACAAUAACAAAUACUGAUUUAAAAUUUGAAUUUGAUGAACCAAAAAGGUUUGUAUUAAAAGAUUAUCCUGUAGCAACUACUUUGGGUUUUUUUGGUAGAGAAGAAGAAUCACCUUUAAUUGUAUAUGAUCCACCAUCUGAAAUUAAAGAAUUUUGUUCAAGUACAGUUUCAGCUGUUGUUGGAAAAAAUAAAAAAAUUUUAUAUCUUAGUGGUGGUGGUUCAGAAUACAUAUUAUCAAUCAUAACAGCAAUUGCUUUUACAACAAUAAAUUGUGGUGGAGGUAAAGCAAAUAGUGGAAAAACAGUUAAGAAAGCAGUUCCACCACCUCCUGUUCCUAAGACAGUAGAAAGAAAUGAAAAUUCUUCUGGUGCCGGUAGCGUUGGAGAAUAA